UUGUGAAAACAACUCCAGCAAAGAGAAGGAGUUCUAUUUCUGCCAGCCAGACCCAGUCUCCAGUGCUGGUCCCCCUGAUGGCAGUUUGUACAACCCUCUGAAACCUGCCAAGCUGGACGCCACAGAUUUGCACGACUGCACUUUGGCCGCCACUGUGCCUCCCUCGGAGCUGUUGAACCAUGCAGUCCAAGCCUGUGACACAGGCAUUCAUGAAGAGCACUAUGUAAGCGAAGCAGUGGAAGAUGAUGUGCCAGACUGCAGAGAGUACAGAGAUGCCUGCACCAUUACUGAUGUGUGCAAUAGUACCAAUCUUCCUGAAGUUGAAAUCAUCAGUCUACUGGAAGAACAGCUGCCUCAUUAUAAGCUAAGAGCAGAUACAAUCUAUGGUUAUGACCACGACGACUGGCUUCAUACUCCUCUCAUUUCUCCUGAUGCAAAUAUCGACUUAACAACUGAGCAAAUAGAAGAGACCUUGAAGUACUUCCUUUUAUGUGCUGAAAGAGUGGGCCAGAUGACUAAAACAUACAAUGACAUAGAUGCUGUUACACGUCUGCUUGAAGAGAAAGAACGGGACUUAGAAUUAGCUGCUCGGAUUGGCCAGUCACUGCUAAAGAAGAACAAAUCAUUGACAGAAAGAAAUGAGUUCCUUGAGGAGCAAGUAGAACACAUAAGGGAGGAGGUUUCUCAGUUACGGCAUGAGCUUUCCAUGAAAGAUGAGCUGCUCCAGUUCUAUACCAGUGCUGCUGAAGAAAGUGAGCCAGAGUCCAUCUGUUCCACCCCGCUGAAGAGGAAUGAAUCUUCCUCCUCUGUCCAGAACUACUUUCACUUGGAUUCUCUUCAGAAGAAACUCAAGGACCUUGAAGAAGAGAAUGUCGUGCUUAGAUCUGAGGCCUGUCAACUGAAGACUGAAACAAUUACUUAUGAAGAAAAAGAACAACAGCUUGUCAAUGACUGCGUAAAAGAGCUAAGGGAUGCAAACAUACAGAUUGCCAAUAUCUCCGAGGAGUUAGCAAAGAAAACUGAAGAUGCUGCCCGGCAGCAGGAAGAAAUCACCCAUCUGCUCUCACAGAUUGUCGAUCUGCAGAAAAAGGCAAAAGCUUGUGCAGUUGAAAAUGAAGAACUUGUUCAGCAUUUGGGAGCAGCUAAAGAUGCCCAGAGACAGCUCACAGCAGAGUUGCGUGAGCUGGAAGACAAGUAUGCAGAGUGCAUGGAAAUGCUUCAUGAGGCUCAAGAAGAGCUGAAAAACCUUAGGAACAAGACUAUGCCAAAUGCUGUUUCACGUCGGUACCACUCCCUCGGCCUCUUCCCUAUGGAUUCUUUGGCAGCAGAGAUAGAAGGGUCAAUGAGGAAGGAGCUGCAUCUAGAUGAACCUGACUCUCCUGACUUGGCUCAUCAGAAGCGGGUCUUUGAGACAGUGAGAAAUGUUAACCAAGUUGUCAAGCAAAGAUCUAUGACUCCAUCACCAAUGAAUAUCCCAGGCUCCAACCAGUCUUCUGCGAUGAACUCGCUCAUUUCCAGCUGUGUCAGCACUCCACGUUCCAGUUUCUACGGGGGAGACAUCUCUAACAUUGUGAUAGACAACAAGACCAACAGCAUCAUCCUAGAGACAGACUCUGAGAAUGGAAAUGAAGACAGAAUGAAGAAGCCUGGAACUCCAGGGACACCAGGCUCCAGUGACCUAGAGACCGCCCUUCGCAGGCUGUCCCUUAGGCGGGAGAAUUACCUCUCGGAGCGGAAGUUCUUUGAAGAAGAGCAGGAAAGGAAGUUGCGGGAACUGGCAGAAAAGGGUGAACUCCGUAGUGGUUCCGUUACUCCCACAGAAAGCAUCAUGUCUCUGGGAACUCACUCCAGAUUUUCAGAAUUCACUGGAUAUUCGGGAAUGUCUAUCAGCAGUCGCUCCUACCUACCAGAAAAGCUUCAGAUUGUGAAACCACUAGAAGGUUCUGCCACUUUGCACCACUGGCAGCAGCUGGCUCAGCCUCACUUGGGUGGGAUCCUGGACCCGAGGCCCGGGGUUGUCACUAAGGGCUUCAGAACCCUGGACCUCGACGUGGAUGAAGUGUACUGCCUUAAUGACUAUGAGGAAGAUGAGACAGGUGACAUUUCUUACAAGGGCCUAACUACCUCGACGCCAGUUCAGCACACAGAGACCUCAGUACCUCAUCCUGGGAAGUGCAUGUCACAAACCAACUCCACCUUCACCUUCACCACCUGCCGCAUUCUGCACCCUUCUGAUGAGCUCACACGAGUCACACCAAGGUCAUGUGAGAAGGAUGAGGAAACUGCAUUAUGUCACGUUAUGCUGAGAGGAGAUGUAGGGCAGACUCUAGGACCCAGCGUGCAGGGGGUGAGCAAUGCUGCCUGUGCUGGCAAGGCCACGUGGAAGGAAUGCCCGUGUCUGUGGCACCAGCUAACCCCAAGAGUUCAGAUACUCUCCUGACUGGUUUCAUUUGAACCUGGCCUCUAACCCAGGCUCUACUCUAACCUGACUAAAUUUCAACCAGCUCCAUGAGUUGCUCGUUUGUUUGUUUCUUCUCUCAAUCUAACUCUGGCACUGUCCCUGGGCUCAUUUGCUGAGCCUAGACUGGGCCUGUUUCUGUGUUGCUCUGCAGUGUUGGUCAGUUUGAAGGGGAAAGUAUUUCUUGUUAAAAGUAAUAUUGAAAUGAUCAAUCAAACAAACAACAAAAAAAACCCAGCACCUACAUAAUACCCACUUCCUUUCAGGGAUGUGUUUUUUUAACAGCACUGUAAUGCAUACCAGUACUGACAAAUGAGUACAGAUGCUAAUCUAACUACUUCUGAUACUGAAAUCUGGGGCUACGGGGGGGAAAGCAAUUCAAGUGCUGUAGUUUUCAUCUAAUAACUAGGUCAUCUUAGAUGCUUCUUGUCUUGAGUUUCCAAAAUGCACUUCAUCCUGUCCUGCAGGGAGUCAGUUCACAGAGUAAGCUGCCUUCCUCUUUCUGCUCCCUCCCUUGUGCUUUUCAAGAUUUCUUUUGUACUUGCAUUAGGGAAGAUGCAUCACAAACUGCAGUUGCAGCUGUGAAGAUGUAGCUCCAAUCAGUGCUUAUAACAGGAGCCGUGAGCUAACUCUUUGUUUCUGCUCAGCCUUACCUUCAGAGUGUGUGUGUGUGGGUGCAUGUGGUCUUAGCUUUGCUGGGAGUCCUCCCCUGCCACUGACAGUGCUGGCAAAGUGAAGAGGGUUCCUAAUGAUACUUUCCUGUAGCCCAGCUGCUGCCUGUACUGACUGCCACAGCCCACAGGGUGGUGUGAGACGACAAAUUUGGGGGCAGCUCAGCAAGGCUGCUUUUCAAAUUAUGCUAUCCUAUAUAUCAAUUCUCUCAAAACUGUUUCACUACAUUUUACAGAUAGGAAUAUGUGGGAUUCCUCAUGCAGAAUUGUAGGGAGGGGGGAAAAAAACACCUUUAUAAUUUUACUGCUGUCACUAGAAGUUGUUGCAGUUCAAAUCGUGGUAGAGAUAAUGUUGGUUAGAUCCUAUUUAGCCAGGAAGACAAGACCUGAGACUUACUAACAUCAGGCCAGUGUUUCAUCAUUUUAGGAAUACCAGAGAUGUUAGUGCUGCUAACUCUUAGGAGAUCAGUAGACUAGAGUUUGUCACGUCAGCUGAUUGCUGUAUGCGAUUAUACAAAGUUCUCAUCAAAAACUCAACAAAACCUCCUAGGAUUUCUCAUUUCAGCCAUAGUAGUGUUGACAUAAGGUUAAAUGAGUCUGUGAUUAUAUAGGCCCUUUUGUCCUUGUGCGGGGAAAAAAAAAAAAAAAAAGCAAUUAUUUGGCCUGAGGCUUAUCUAUACCUGGAAAUACAGCCAGAUUGUUUCAGUAUGGCUAUUUGAUUCAUUCCUUGGUGCAGAGAACCCAACUGCAGUUGAAGUUGCAUGCUAUGGCUGAACCAAUACAACAGCUUGGCUCUUUGGAAAAAAGAAAUCUCACCCUUACCCCUCUUCCCCCUCCCACCUGCUUAGUUUAUCCCUCUCUUGCUUUGGCUUUGGUGUUUGUCUGACUCUUUGCUGAGUGCUUUCUAUUUGCUAACCUGGCAAGGUAAUGAGGAAGAUGUCCAUCUCUGAGCAGUGAUGAGCUCUCAGGUCAGUAAAUUCUUGUUAGCAUCAGCUUUUGCAUUGUUAAAGACUUUGAGAAUGCCACUAGAGGAAUGAAUCAAUGCUUAAGGUAAUAUUACUGUGGAAUUUGCUUUUUUUGUGUGAACAUACAUGGCAAAAACAUGAUAUCCUCAGCAUGGUUAGAAAUUGCCAGAAAACUUUUUUUUAAAGCUCCAUAGCACCCUUGGGAUUCUCCCCAAAAGAUGUGAACUUGAAGAGUUAUGGGUGACCUACACACCUUAUUUCUGCAGUAACUGAGUACACCAUGGCUUGGUGAUGAAUGGUGUACCUUGGACUGCCACAGAUUUUGAGUUGGGAUUAUAUGUAGGUAAAUGGGUCUUUGCUGACCAAAUCUGUGACUACCAACUAUUGUAUUUUUUAAUUUUUUAAUUUUUUAAGAAUGACACAGUAGUGUCAGAAACACUCAAACUUUCAGAUCUACGAGAUGUCAUACUAUGGUACAAAGGAUUUAGAAUGUUGCCUUUGUACCGAUAAUUCAUUUGAAAUAGAUGCUUGCAUUAGGUCUUUGUUCAGAUAGUCAAAGAGGAUGAUCUAAUAAAAAUGAAUGCUAUUUGAUAUGCCUUGAGAAAUUUCAAACUCUAAUAACCAGCUUAAGAAGAAAUACUCAGUAAGACAGCAAUAACUAUAAGUAUGUGAUGUUUGCCUUUUGCUCUAAAUGUACAUUGCCAGUGUAACAUUUGCUUGCCCUCUGCUUAAACAUAGUUUAUUUUGAAAAGGAAGAACUAGAUUUGGGAGAAAAUUUAGCCAUGUUUCAAACUGUAGAAACCACUAUUGUAACUGAAUUAACAGUAGAAUGGCUCUUUGUCAUGCUCAGCUCGCUGCUUAGUUAUCAGCUACCUGCUGGCCUUGAUGACCAAGAGUUUGACUUUAUUUUUUUCAUUUUGAUGGUUGUUCACACCACUGUGCAUCACCAUCAAAAGUCAGGUCCCACAUCCCCUUCUCCUUAAACAUAGGCAAAUUCUACAUAAGGGAGGAAGACAUUGCAGAAGUGCAUGUUGGUGGUAAAAAUUCCAAAUUCCGGAAGCAUUGCCACAAAUGUUUCUGUAGCAAAUAUGUUCCCCUGUUCUCUUGGCUCUGCUGUGACCCAGCAGUAUCAAAAUGCCCAGCAGUUAGGUGCACUCAGAAGCCACACUAGAAGACUAUCCCACUGUUUCCUUGUCUCAUGGAAGCAUGUGAGAGCUCAUGGCCAGUAGGUCAGGAAGAAAAGCCAAAGAAGUUGCUCACAAACCUAUCAGUUUAAUAGUUUAUCAGAAGAAAUGUUGGGGGUGGGUUGUUGAGGAAUGCACUAAUCCCUUGAAACUGUCAGCAUAGAGGAGAGAUGCAUUUUGUAAGAGGUGUUUCUGUGUUGCUGACAUUUGUGAGGAGCUGGGAAAUUUACAUUUUCUCAAAAUGGAUAGAAGUCCCUUCUCAAGGCUAAGAAUCUUGCUUACAGUUUUAAUUCCUUAACGAGAGAGUAAUUUGAUUGCUUCUUUGC